AUGGAAUCAACACUUUUUCUUACAGAAUUUCAAGACGUAAGAUCAUUAAUGAAACCAGCCUCUGCACCACAAACCACUUCUGACUACCAAACUCUUACACAAUCAUUACAAGAUAAUGUUCGUUUGAAUGAACAAUUUUUACCAAUGCAAUUUGGACCUUCUUUUGCAGAAAGGAUUCAACUUGAAAAAGCAAUAUUUUCAUAUCCAAAUAGACUUCCAGGUUUAGAGACAGCAAGUAUUGCUAAAGACAUUGUAAAUGGUACUGAUGAUGAUAUGACACUAGCUGACGAUUUUCCAAAUGUUUCAUAUGUGUUACCAACAUUCAGUGUUCAUGAACAAGUUGAACAACUUUAUCUUUAA